GUAAAAAGUUCAUGCCACACAAAUAUAUUAACCCUUAUAACUAAUGUAUUGUUAGUGUAGAUUUGCAUUGGUGUUAGGGUUCGCUCCUAAUUUCUCGGGGAGAUGGGUUUCUCUUUGCGGGAAGCUUUUACGGCGAUCUCAUGGUUACUCCGCCAACAGAGGAUUCGUUCCCAAGUCGGAAGGAACCGUUGCUCACCUCUGGUAGCUAGCCGUCCUUCGGUUACACAACAUAUACGCAGAAAUGUGGCAAAUAUGGUUAUGCAAAAGGUUUUGCUGCUGUUGGUGAUAAUGCUAGCUAGGUAGUUCGUGAGUCAUGAUAUAUUGUUGGUUGAGUGAUGGCUUGAUGUUGUUGUUGCUAGUUUAGUUUCUACUUGGUACUACUAUUGUCAAUUACUCCAUUUUUUAUGUUGGUCACUUGUUAAAUUUGAGACUUUAAUUUGGUGUGAUUAAGAUGUAGUUUGAAUGCAAAAGUAAUCGAGAUUUUAAUUUGGGUGAUUUAGAUGUAGUUUGGAUACUUCAAUUUAGGUGAUUUGUUAAUUUAUAUGCAGGGUCGGUUAUUGGUCGGUUCGAUUAUCGAUUCUGACCGAUGACAAUUUCGCUUUUCGUUUAUAUUCGGCUUAUGAUGGUUAAAAUCGAUAACCGCUCGGUCGGUUUUGCAGUUAACCGAGUAAACCUGGCAGUCGGUGCUCAACGGCUAAUUAAGUGUCAUUUGGCUAGCUGAAAACCGACCGUUCGAUUAUCGGUUAGGAAAAAAACCGACCGAAAGUCAGUCCUGAUUAUUUCAGUCUAAUUAGAUGAAAAAUCAAUCUAACUAGUUGAAGAAAAGUCAAAAUAUGAGAAAUAUGAAUAAACAUUGUAAGAAAUUAAAAUUGAAUGUGCCAUGAGCGGGGUGCUGCGGCACAAAAACAAAUAAAUAAUAAAUAUCCAUUUCCAAUCUCACGCUAAUACGUAUCGAGUAAUAUCCGCCCCAUCUCAAAUAAGAUCGAAUAAUACCCGGUGUACGGAUUCAAAUAACCAUCCAACUCUCAACAAAACAACCCAAACAUUGCAGCAACUUCAAGCCCAAAAAGAAUGCACAAAUUUUUUUUGGCCCAGCCCAUUAUCAGGGAACUUUGCAUCGGGAAACACAACACGGUCGGUCAGCGCACAAAAGCAGGAAAAUUAAUAACACAAAUUUAGUGGAAGUAAAUAAAACUGAAAAAUUAUUAAAACAGCAACAACAACAACAACAACAAAAAAAAAUUAGCCAAAGCUCUCUUUCUCCCUCGCAGCAGGCGACGGUGCCCCAGAUUUAGAGGCUUCUACUCACUCUAUCGACCGCCCUUUUUCUUCCCCUUUCCCCUCCCAACCGCCUCCUCCUCCUCUUAUCUCUCGCCCUCUCUCUCUUCCGCUUCUUCUUCGCCGGAGCAUUCUACCACCGUCCCCGAGUUCAGGUCAGUUCUUCCUUGUACCUUAUAUCCUCAAUUCGCUUUCUCUCUCCGUUUAUUUUCUUCUUCUUGGAAUAAUGGUGGCUUAGCGAAGGAAAAAGAUAGGCAGGAUGACAUUUCAUCGUGUUAAUGUUUGCCGUCUGAUCUUGGAACGACGAUGAGAGCUAGAGGACGUUUACUUGGAAGUUGUUAGCUGCGUAGGCUUUCCUCUUUCAUCUUCUCGUUCCCUUUAGCUAGUGAUAGGCCGCGGGAUGUUUAGAAACCCUGGGCACGAAGUAAAAUGUGUUGGAUACUGGCUGCUUUUUCGUUUGCUUUCCUCGUAAUAUUUCUUUCCCAGUGCUUCUUCGGGUCGCUGGAGGCAUACAUGUCUGCCUUCGCUCUGUUCGUUUCCUGUGUGCGUGGAGAUGGAGUGCGGUAAUGGCAUUUGUAACGUCCCCAGUGUUGAUGUUGGGCUGUUGUCCUUAAUCGACAGCGGCAAUGGAAAGGUGAAAGUUUCAUCGUUUCGUUCAGUCUCUUGCGGUGAAUUUACAGUACAAGGCGUUUUUCGUUCCUACAGCGUGAGUGUAAUUUUACUCUCCUAAAUUUUUGAAGAAAGAUGAUUGCGUGUUUUUGCAAGUUAGGUGCUGUUUUUUGCCGUGUAUGCAGUAGAUAGCUGGCAAUGGGGAUAGUCAAGUGCUUUAAUUCUUCCUGAAUCGAUACCAUCUUGGUGAUAGGAACUACGAGAUUGCAAUGCGUCAGUUUUCCCAUAUUUUGUCUUUGGAAACAAUGAUAAAAAUUUCAUCUGAUUUUCAUCAGUUUGUUUAGCAGAACAGUAUCCCUUGAUAAUACCCGGCCUAGAAUAUUUUGCUGUAGAAUCCUCAUUUCUUUAAGUAACCUGGUUUCCUCUAGUCUUCAACAUAUUACUGUUGACGAUACAGCAAUUUGGUUUGACCAUUCUGAGACCUCUGAUGUUAUAUGUGCCUUAAGGAGUAGUGCAAAGGGAGUAUGUUGUAUCGUAGAAGCCACUUUGUACGGUUCUGUUGGAUCUUUAACUUUGAUUUUCAAUCAGGUGUGCUACCUCUUAUUUUGUGCAUCUCUACUUCAUGCGUAAUAUUGGUUCCUGACAUAGUAUUAGACAACCGGAAGCCGAAGCUAUGUAAGUCUGGAUAUGGCUUGACAUGCAAGAAAGAAUAAAUUAUUUCACGUUUAAGUACCUGGUACACCAUAAUAGAGAAAGAUGCAAGUUGGAAACAUGUGAUAUUAUGAGUUACCUUGGAAAUUCCCACACCAUAUUUUCCUUUCCCCCUUGAUCUUGUCUACUUUAAGUGAAAAGGGAAGUAUAUUUUGAGACGUUUCUCUAAAAUGAUGAAGAAGUUUGAUGUAUUUUCUCUCCACUUAAAGCUUAUGUUCCUCUGUUAAGAGUUUGGGUGGAAAUUAACAGAGCGUUAUAUUUAGCAUUACUCUGUUGGUUUCAUUCUCAACAUUUGUAUACAUGAGUAGCUUUGAUUCACUAUGGUGUUGCCUGUGUGAACCAUGUGGAAUUUUAUUUUACCUUCCUGUGUAUAUACCUCUUACUGUUUACAUAAGGGCUUUAUGCUACCCUUGGCCAGGCCUUUCCAUUCAUAUACUUUUCUUUUUCCGAGUCUCCUGUGUGAAAAAACACUCACUUCCCUGAUUGGAUGUUGGCAGGUCUACAGCUAGAUGAUCAAAGAAGUUGAAUUGGCGUGUUGAUUAUGCUGCAGGCAAUGAGUUUAAUUUAGUUCACAACCAUUGGGAAUGGGUGGUAUUCACGCUAAACACCACGAGUCCUUCGUUGAUGGUUCAUGAUAUUUGUUUUUGAAUUUUAGCAGUGUAGUUGUACAGAAAAUUCUCCGUCCUUUGAGCUAUUAGCAAGCCGUUAUGGUUGAGGGUCCGUUUUAGUUCAGGUAGACUAGGUAUACAUUUUAUAUCAUACUUAUAGCAACAGCCUUCUAUGUCAACAGUCGACCAUAUGGGUGUUUCUCCAUCUAAAGUUAGUCAGACGUCCUAUCCUAAACAAGCAACAGUGGAACAGACUCAUGACUUAGGAAAUGAAUGUAGAAUUAGUGGAAUUUGCUGUGAGAAAGGUCACUGUGUGUCGGCGCAAACGGAGCUAACAGAUGCAGAUGUUGCUGCCUCCAUGAGCCUAACCACUGAAAUCUGUGAGCCAUCUGUCAAAGAUGCAUCAGAACAGGACGGUAACAGGUCUGGCUUGCAGCUUAAAGAAGCAGGCAUGGACAGUCUGAUUGCUAAGAAUGGGAGCCUGGACCAAACUACAGUAGAGCAGAAUCCUAAUUGUGCCUGUGAACAUGAGCACAACAAAGUUGGUGAUGCAUGUCUACAGGAUAAACAUUUUAGUGACGUUGAUAUGCCUACUCCUAGUACUCAGCUAACUCAUAGCCAAGGAAUUGGUAGUGAACCAUCAAACUGCUUAUUGAAGGAAACUUCGCAACGGUUACCUGAAGAUGUUGCUACGUGUGACCACACUGAAGGCUUAAGAACUGCCUGUGAGGAUGCGGACAGGAUUGAUAAUUCUGAUGGAAGUUUUUGUCGUCUUCAACGUUCAAUAUGGAAAACAGAUAAGCCACAUCUUAGUACCGAAGAAAGAAAACAUGGUAAAGUGGAGAUUGAUCCUGUUUCAUCCACUUGUAAUUCGCUUGAGCAAUCUGAACCACUUUCCACGGUUGUGACCAUAAGCACUCCCAGCAAACAGGAAGAUAUGUCUGCUGAUGAUGCUACCCUGUUAUCUGCUGAACAACCUGGACUCCUUAAAGAUGGCCAGAAGUCAACCAAUGGAAAGCAGUUGAGAAUUCCUCAUAGAGAGGUGGUGUGUGGUCUUAGCUACCUUGAACACACUACUAAGAGAGGGUCUUCAGCACGAGGUGAUAGGAAACUCCAGUUGAAGUCACAAGGUAAACAUAGAAGUACAGAGUCAGGUGGAGACCCGACUAAUGUUAGCCUUGAUGGGAAGAAACAGAAGAGAAGAAAGAAGGAUAGGAAGAAGGGAACUGUGACAGAUGAGUAUACUAGAAUCAGGUCACACCUCAGGUAUUUAUUGCACCGAAUGAAAUUCGAGCAAAGCCUGAUUGUUGCAUAUUCUGCAGACGGCUGGAAAGGACAAAAUCUGGAAAAGUUGAAACCUGAGAAGGAGCUGCAACGAGCUUCAUCUGACAUUUUUCGUCUUAAAGUAAAAAUAAGGGAAUUAUUUAAACACAUUGAUUCACUAUGUGCUGAAGGAAGCUUCCCUGCAUCUAUAUUCGAUUCUGAUGGACAGAUUAGUAGUGAGGAUAUAUAUUGUGCAAAAUGUCAAUCCAAAGAACUUACAGCAGAAAAUGAUAUUAUACUUUGUGAUGGUGCUUGUGACCGAGGAUUCCAUCAGUUCUGUCUGAUACCUCCUUUGUUGAAAGAAGACAUUCCUCCUGAUGAUGAGGGCUGGUUGUGCCCUGCAUGUGAUUGCAAAGUUGAUUCCAUCGCCAUGGUUAAUGACUACCUAGGAACGAAUCUAUCUAUCACUGAUGGCUGGGAGAAGGUAUUCCCUGAAGCUGCUGCCACAUUAUCCUCACCACAUCCAGGUCCCAAUUUGGGAGUUCCUUCAGAUGACUCGGAAGAUGAUGAUUAUGACCCUGAUGGUCCAGAAGUUGACGAGAAAAGCCAGGGAGGCGGAUUGGAUACUGAUGAAUCUGACUUCAGUUCUGCAUCUGAGGAGCUUGGGACUUCCCGUGACGAGAAGUAUUUGGGUCUUCCAUCUGAUGACUCAGAAGAUGAUGAUUAUAAUCCUGAUGGUCGAGGGCCUGAUGAGCCAGCGAGGGAAGAAAGUUCAGGUUCUGAUUUUUCAUCCGAUUCUGAGGAUCUAGAUGCUGUUCUUGAGGAUAAUGAGUUGCCCGAAGAAAAUGGGAACCUUAAAGUCGUUCAGCGUGGUGGAAUCAAGAGGCGGUCACUAAACAGUGAACCAGUAUCAACAUCAGAGCCAGAUGACAUCGUAGAUGAUUCCUUACUGCUAGUUGGGAAAAGAAAUGUUGAAAGACUGGACUAUAGGAAACUAUAUGAUGAAACAUAUGGGAAUGGUUCGUCUGAUUCAAGUGAUGAUGAGGACUAUACUGCUGGGGAAAAGCUUAGGAAAAAGGCCACAGUGGCUGCUCCAUCCUCGAAAAAUCGUGUUGUGAAUUCUGAGGGAACAGAGCAAGUCUCCGGGGACAACGAAAUCACCCCUAGGAGAAGAUUCCGUGCUAAGUCCAAUGUUAAGGCUGAAUCUUCUCAGUCAACUCGUCGUAUAAGAAGAGGACCCUAUAAGAAACUUGGGGAAGCAGUGAUACAGAGGCUUCAUGAAUCUUUUCAGGAGAAUCAGUAUCCUGACCAUUCCACAAAGGAGAAGUUGACAAAAGAGCUUGAACUUACUAUGGAUCAGGUUACCAAAUGGUUUGGGAAUGCUCGUUGGAGCUAUAACCAUUCAUCAACGCCCGGAGGGAGUUCAAGUAAAAAAAGUACUUCGAGAAAGAAUGUCAGCAAGGUCCCUGGAACUGCCAUCAAACAGCAUCAGGGUGAGCAUCAUGACGUCAAUGUAGAUGCCGUUUGUAAUGGGGGAUCGCAAAACCGGAAACCUUUGGAGAAUGACGCGGAUGGUGUUGCUGAAAGUUGCAUCAAAGGUGCAGGGGACGGAAAAUUGGAUGCACAUGAAGGUAGCAAGUCGCGGCCCAGAGGCAGAAAACGUAAAUCCGAUAAACAGUCGGUGGAGGCAGAAGUCAAAAGUGAGGGAGCAGGUACGGGGGGCUUGAGUUCGCAGAUGACUCUCCGGGUGAGUGGCAGAUUGAAAAGAAGAAGGAAUUCUGUUGGGUGAGGUGAUUGAAUGAUUUAAUCAAGGUGUGGCUUCUUUCUAGAGGAGUAUAUGGCAACCAGUGCUCGAUUGGUGCUUCUGCGACAAGGCAACCGGUGCUCUUUCGAUUUUUUGGUCCCCGAGUUUGAGUACUGGUAUCUCUUCAUCAUCGUCUUUAUAUAUGCCAAAAAAUAUGAGUACUGAUAUUACUUUUCUGAUGCUCCUACCAUGCAAGUUGUGAUGCGGCAAACUACCAUUGUUGUUCCCCUACCUCUGGCAUUCACUUAUGUUGCUCUUUGAUCGUCGUGAACCCCGAUAGCGGACCGUUGUUGUAAGGUUUCAAAGCUUGGUUGCGAUGCGAUUCCUGAGGUCAUAAGAUGUAUGAAUCUGACUGUUCAUUUUUUUGGUUUGCAUCAUAAGAUGUAUGAAUCUGACUUCUGUAUUUUCGGUUUCUGGAGACUUAACUCUCCAAGUCGAUUGUUUACUGUUGGAUCUAUUGACUAUUGGGAUUAGCACAAAGCUCCGUGAGUCCACAUUUGGUGACAAAUAUCGUUGUGCGUGAUUUACAAUACAUUUUGGCACUCUAUGAAUUGCUUUACACAAGCGCGACUUAUAGUAUUGAAUCGCGGAUUAUACGAGUGAGAGAUUUGUUUGUUCGAUGCAACGACGAUUGACGUGGAUUGCGUGCUUCUUUAAUGAUUUGCACAUUAAAGUCACUUGUAUGAGAAGUGAUCUAACCCAAACUUUAGUAGUUUGGAGAAAUUUUAGUGUAAGUUAUGUAUUGAAAAAUUCUAUCUCGGUAACUACUGCAUUUUUCUCAUAUUUUUUCCAAGCCAACUCUUUGAGUCUAUUUUGGUUAGAGAUGCAAAUGAUUAGAGUUGUUUGUGAGUGCGUUCGACUCAUUUACUAACGAGCCAAACUUGAGCUAAAUUUGUCCAGCUCGCUAGGUUCGCAAGUCAGCUUUACUAGGUGGCUUGUUGAGCUCAACUUAUGAGCCGAUUCCUUUAGCUCAUGAGACGUAUAAACAUUGUGGCUAGUGAGCCAACUCGACUACCGACUUAUGAGCGAAUCGAUAUAUAUCUUAUGAGCCGCCAUUGCCUUGUCGUAAUUAGAAUGCCAAUUCAACUUAGGGCUGUCGGUUUGGUUUUUUUUGUUUUGUUUGUUUCAACUGAAAUCGAUAAAAAAUGUAAUUGUUUUGUUUUUUGAUUUUAAGCCGUUUAGUAUCUUAAUGUUUUUGGUUUCGGUUAAAACGAAAAAAAAAAUAUGAAACCAAUAAGAAAUUAAUCACACACUAACUAAGUUAAUUCCCAUCAACAACACACGUCAUCACCAACUUAUAUGUAGUAUAUAUUUUUUCAAUCUUCAUGCGUCUUAUUAUAUUUUCUUAUUUCAUUUUUGAACUUUCCAAAUUAUGGGUUUGUGUUUUGGUUUUGGUUUUAUUCAAACCAACCAAAACCAUUUAAAAUAUUAUCGAUUUUUCGUAUAACCAAUAGAAGGCACAAAGUCCUUAACAAAUUUGGUUUUGGUUUUUUGGAACCUACGUGAUUUGACUUUGGGUUUUUCAUUUGGGAAUUGAUAAACGUCGUCCUUCAAAUUAUUAUUGAUCGUCCUAAAAAAUAAUAAAGUUACACUUUUAAC